UCCUGUCCUUUGACCCCUCUCUCUCUCUCUCACACUCUAGAAUAAAAGCAAUUAAUUACUAUACACCCACAAGUCUUCUUCUUAAGCACAUCAAUCCAACUUUCCCCACCCCUCCAUCACACACACAGACAAGCAGAUAUGGGAAGAGCUCCAUGUUGUGACAAGUCAAAGGUGAAGAAAGGGCCAUGGUCACCUCAAGAAGAUACAAAGUUGAAAGACUACAUACACAAAAAUGGUACCGGAGGCAACUGGAUUGCUCUUCCACAUAAAGCAGGUCUUAAAAGAUGUGGGAAAAGCUGCCGAUUAAGAUGGUUGAACUACCUAAGACCAGACAUCAAACAUGGUGAAUUCUCCGACCAUGAAGAUAGACUCAUCUAUACUCUCUUUUCUAGCAUCGGUAGCAGGUGGUCAGUAAUAGCAGCACAGUUACCAGGAAGAACAGAUAAUGAUAUCAAGAACUACUGGAACACGAAGCUCAAGAAGAAGAUUAUGAAUUUCAUCUCCACCAAUCAUCAAACUGAGAAACCGCUUCAUCAUCUUGAGUCUGUCAAUUGUCCUUCUUCAAACUAUAGCUACCCAACAAGCUCUUCGGUUACAACUGUUGAUAAUCAUCCAGUUCUACCAUCAGAUGAUCAUGGAUACAUAAAUGUGGACAUGGAAACCUACCGAGUAAAAGACAAUUCUACCCUUUUUAUGCUUGAAGGUGAUGCUCAAGCUGCUGAUGAUUGCAGUUCUAAUUCUGAUGGAAGGUGGCAUCAUGUGUAUGGUAGUGGUGCGUUUGAUGCUCAUAAUAACAUGGGAGGCUUGAAGACAAGUAAUUCCUACAUGGGAGUUGAUGGGAAUUAUUGUGAAAAAGCAAGAGGGUGUUAUGGGGAUUCUACUAUGGAGUUUAGUCUUGAGGAGUUCAAGAAGCUCAUUAGCACUAAUCUUUGCAGCAGUAACACUAACAAUAAUCUCAAUGUCUUUGUUGAUGAACUCAAGGCAGAAGAGAACAUUAUGUACUACUAAACUAUUUUGAUUUAUUUUGGUGUAAAAAAAUAAUUGUUCUCCAAUAUGUUUGUUUUUUUUUUUAUCACCGUGGUG